CACCACGCAGGUAGUUCUCCUAUUCUUCUUCCACACCCGCUUCCCCCCAUAUCCUAGUCUCCGCCAUGGCGCUGGCCACGAAGACGCAGUCACAGAACAUCUUCACGAAAUUGAAAGCAAAGCCCGCGAACAAGAUAUGUUUCGACUGCGGCGCAAAGAAUCCAACAUGGUCGUCUGUCCCCUUCGGCAUCUAUUUGUGUCUCGAUUGCUCGGCCAAUCAUAGAAAUAUGGGCGUGCAUAUCUCGUUUGUGCGGUCUACUAAUUUAGACAUCUGGCAAUGGGACCAACUCCGGAUCAUGAAAGUCGGCGGCAACGAAAGCGCGACAAAGUACUUCCAAACUCAUGGCGGUUCGGCGGCUCUUGCGAGCAAAGAUCCGAAGACUAAAUACACGAGUAAUGCGGCGAAUAAGUAUAAGGAGGAAUUGACAAGGCGCUGUGUUGUCGAUGCUAAGCAAUAUCCCAACGAAGUCGUAGUAACAGACGCCCCCGAAACUAACUCCUCGGGCACCAACACCCCCGCCGGUGAAAAUGAAGAUGACUUCUUCUCUAGCUGGGAUAAACCAACCAUCAAGCGCCCCUCCAACCCACCGUCCCGCACCGGCACACCUCUCGGCUCUCGAACCGCGUCUCCCUUCCUCAAUGCUCCUGCAAACGGCAACGGCACCGCGCGCCCGAAAUCCCCUCUCUCUGCAGCCGCUACCGAGAAGAACACAGCUACCACACCCGCCGCGAUCCCUUCGACCAAGCCUGCGAUUAGGAAAACCGUGUCUAGCACCGCCCCAAAGAAAAACAUCCUCGGGGCCAAAAAGAAAGGCCUCGGAGCGAAGAAAGUCGUAGCUGUCGACGGCGGCCUUGACUUUGAAGAAGCCGAACGCAAAGCCCGGGAGGAAGCUGAGCGUAUCGAGAAACUGGGCUAUGACCCGGACGCCGAAGCCGCCGAAGCCGCAGCCACCUCAAAGGCCAAAUCCGUCGAAUCCUCGUCCAUCAUCGCACCCACCCCUGUGUCCCCACCACGCGGUGGCUUUGGCUCCACCAAGCCCGAGCGCAGCAGCCAGGAGAUGGAGAGGCUAGGCAUGGGCAUGGGAAGGCUAGGCUUUGGACAGGUCGGUGCGACGAAAGCCGCUGCUGCGCCUAAGAAGAUGGGCGGCUUUGGAAGCACGAGUAAGCCUGCAGCAGACGACUCUGAGAAGUAUGCAAGGGAAAAGUUUGGCACGCAGAAGAGUAUUUCCAGUGAUGAGUUCUUUGGUCGUAAUGCUUAUGAUCCGUCGGCGACUUCGCAGGCGAAGGAAAGGUUACAAGGCUUCGAAGGUGCCACAGCAAUCUCCAGCAACGCCUACUUCGGCCGUCCGGAAGACGACAUCCCCGACGACGACUACGGUGACCUAGAAGGCGCCGCGAAAGACUUCAUCCGCAAAUUCGGAGUCACGGCUGGCGAUGAUCUCGAGAACCUGACCAAUCUAGCGGGAGAGGCUGCCGGGCGGUUGCAGGGUGCUAUACGGAAUUAUUUGAACUCGUAGGCUGAGGUUGAAAGCGGUUUUGUUCAGUGACAGGGAGUCGGUACAGUAUGCGGGGGUGUAGGAACAGGGAGUCAGGUUCUAAGAUGACUUUGCUUGCUGUGAGUCGAUGAGGAGUGAGGUAGAUUGCAUGGUCGUGUGGUGGCUGGAGUUUAGGGGAUGCGGUAUCAUUGUGAUGUGAGACGACGCGGCUUUCAUGGGAGGCUGGUUGCUUGGCUUAGUAAUCGAAUCAGCAUUAUCAUUAUGAGUAUUGGAUGAGUGGAUGGUUCCGUGGGCUUUGGCUUACUGCUUUGAAGAUAACUUUAUUUCAAGUGCUCUAGGAUUUAGAGGCAACAAUAGGAUAAGAUAUG